UACUGGUGAUUGUGAUGUCACAGAGGCAGCCCCGGGUGCCGGUGAAUGUCUCGGAACGCGGCAGGCAGGGGGAUGAGUGACUCGGGCGCGGAGGGGCCUGGUUCUGCCCGCUGCCCACCCGAGGCCUGACUGCUGCUGCGGCCCGAGGUUACAGUGUAAGGGAUGACAUAAGCAUGGCAGGAGAUCGCCCCAGGUGUAUGACUAAAAUCAACCAGGUCUGAGGAAGAAGUGAAAAGAGACCCUUUGUUUGCAUCUGUCCUGGUGCUACAUUCUUUUCUUCCAGCUGUCAUGGAGACAAAUGGCUUGGAGUGGCUGGUGGUUCCCAUGCAGCAGCUGGUUUCCUGGGGUGCAGCUGGUGCCAUGGUUUUUGGAGGUGUGGUGCCAUACAUCCCCCAGUACAGAGACAUCAAAAGGACACAGAAUGCAGAGGGCUUCUCCACUUACGUGUGUCUAGUAUUAUUGGUUGCAAAUAUUUUAAGGAUACUUUUUUGGUUUGGAAGGCGUUUUGAGUCCCCUCUUUUGUGGCAGAGCAUUAUCAUGAUCAUUACUAUGUUACUGAUGCUGAAACUAUGCACUGAAGUACGCGUGUCAAAUGAAUUAAACUUAAAACGCCGCUCCUUUGCAGCCGCAGAUAGUAAGGACGAAGACAUCAAAGCACCUCCCAAGAGAUCCUAUCUGGAUUUUGACUUGAAGUAUUUUUGGCACUGGAGCAAGUUUACAGACUACAUGCAGUGUGUUCUGACUUUCACUGGGGUUACAGGAUACAUCACUUACCUCUCACUUGACUCAUUUCUCUUUGUGGAAACACUGGGCUUCCUUGCUGUGUUCACAGAGGCCAUGUUAGGUAUCCCACAGCUCUACCGGAACCACCAGAAUAGAUCAACUGAAGGAAUGAGCGUCAAGAUGGUGGUGAUGUGGACCAGUGGUGAUACCUUCAAGACUGUCUACUUUAUCCUCAACCAAGCUCCUUUCCAGUUCUCCAUUUGUGGAUUACUCCAGGUCUUUGUGGACAUCGCCAUCUUGCUGCAGGUUUACUUCUACAGCUACUACCCUCAGAAGCCAGCAUCACACACGGCACACCCAGUCAGCACAAAGGCACUCUGAAACCUGCUGUGGAAAUGGUGAUAGGUCAACAGUGUUGAGAAGUCAACCUUUGCAGCUUUCUUUCCUCUUGUAAAUACUAGUUUUGCUGUUGAAUUGAAAAUAUGAAUGAGUGCACGCCUAGGAAGUAGGAGGGCUCUAUCACUGGAGUUAGAGUUGAAAAUCAACUUGUUCUGUUUGGUUUCAGACUCAUCAUAUAGAAUAUUGUUCCCUUGUUGGAGGGACAGUUAGUUUCUUUUUGCCUAUGUACCUGUGAGCCUUAUACAUUCACCAGUGUUUGUACAUAUAAUCACAAGGGCUGGAUGUUUGUGUUUUUAAUGCUAUUUAAAGAUGUUAAACCACAGAAAUCAGAAUAUUUUGUCUGAAGCUUUUACCUAUUUAUAUUAUAUAAAAAGUAUGUAUAUUGGCAGUAAGUUUGGAUUAUCUCUUAGGGUCAAAUAUCUUAAUAAUGUGUGAAGACACUAUCAAAUAUUUAAUGCAAAGUUUUUCAGUAAAGGGGGGGGGGGGGGA